AUGGAGGACUCGAUGGAAGAGGAGCCUAAGCAGUUUGAUGCAGUGCACGGCGUCAACGACGAAGAUUCGCAGCCAGAUCCAGACGAGCCGCUCCUGUCCCCGACAGACGGAUACGGGAGAGUUUGGGUAGUGAAGAUACCAAAGUUCCUGCUAGAACGCUGGUCAAACAUCGAUGAGGAGGGCAUCGAGCUCGCUACCAUCCGUGUCUACAAUGAAGCCAAGUCUUCUUCCGGAAAAAAGCCCCGCAUUGUGCUGCUUCUCCCGCCGACCGAGGAAAACCCCGGCGGGGACGAGUACGAGCUGGACAUGGUCAAUGAUGCCGUCGAGAACCAGAUCGUGGUCGCGGAGCGUGAGAAGGAGCCAGGUUCGGCGAGCCGCGCGCGUACGACGAUGCUCACAGGAAUAGUACAACACGAGUGCAAUCUGCGGCCAGUGUUCUCAGACAGGUAUAGGCGGCGUCUGAAGGAGCGGACGAUUGCUGCGAACAGGCCAGCGCGGCAAAUCAUGCGUAUCGAGGACGCACAUCCGGGCGGACGUGGUGGAAUCAAUAUGCUUACAAGCGGAAUGGCCCACACCACGCCGUUUAAUAUUGUCAAAGGAAAGCCGAAGCCAGCAAAGGGCCAGUUCGAGCGCAUGGCGCGGAUGCCCCGCAAUCAGCUGCUGGACGAGCUGUUCCGCGCAUUUCAAGAGCGCGAACACUGGCCCAUCAAGGUGUUACGGGACCGCACGCAGCAGCCCGAGGCGUAUCUCAAAGAAGUGCUCAGCGAAAUUGCGUUCCUCCAUCGCAGUGGAGAGCACAACGGCAGCUGGGAGCUAUUGGCGAAUUACAAGGGCGAAGGAAUCAAGGCAGAAAAUGUGCCAGGCCCCAGCUAUGCGCCUGCAUAUGGCAAUGGGGUUCCAGGAGUGGAGAUGGAAGAAAUGAAGCUGGAAGGCGAGGACGACGACGAUGACGAUGAAGACGAAGACGAUGAUGAUAUGGAGGAAGUUUCAUGA